UACUAUUCAUACUUCCUUGUGUUGGUGUCUCAAUUAUCAUAACUGUUAUUCUCACGAAAGAUUGUGAUAUUUUGUUUAUUGUGCGAGUAUUAUUUACCCACAGACGCUUCGAAAACAUUAGAAAACACACUAUGCUAAUCGAGAGGAUCAGCUUACAACGAUACGGCCGUCUGCUGUUGGCUGGUGUUGUCGUGGCACUAAGACACUCAGCCCUCGAGAGGAACUGGGGAAAGUACUUUGGACUCAAGUCGCAGCUGCAGCAUCACAAGAACUUCCUCAUUUCGCAGUUGCUGCGUACAAAGAAGCUCCAGAAACCGAUUGUGGCAAAUACAACACACACGGUUAGCUCCAAAACGAUACCUCUCGCGUUUAUUGCUUCAUUUUCACUGUUUUCGGCCAGCGGGUCGAAGAAAGCAUCGAAAGAACAAGAGCCGGACACCAAAAUGGCUGAGGAAGCUGCGAAAAAUUUGGCCGAAACGAUUCAACACUCGGAUCAGUUAUUCGAUGAGAACAACUUCCAGGAUGCGUAUGAUUUGCUGCAGAAGUGCAAACAACCGGAAUUGUAUGACAUCAAGUGGCGACUCGCCCGUGUGGUCUUCAAUCUGUCCAAAAGUGCUCCCAGCCCGAAGAAGGAAGAAAUGAUACGGGAAGCUUUCCAAUUUGCAACCGAAGCGCUGGCUUUGGACGAAAACGACUACGCCUCGCACAAGUGGUACUCGAUCCUGCUGGACGCCAAAAGUGGACUGGAUGGAAUCAAGGAGCGCAUCAGUCAGCUGGAGAAUGUUAAGAAGCACAUGCUGAAGGCAGUCGAGCUGAACCCUGGCGAUGCCACGAGUUGGUACAUUUUGGGUCAGUUUUAUUACGGCCUAGCCGAUCUUCCGUGGUAUCAGAGGAAGAUUGUGUCGACCAUUUUCGCGGCACCUCCCUCGGGGAGCUACGAGGAAGCCUUGGAGUGCUUCGAGAAGGCGGAGAGUACCAAGCCGAAUUUCUAUUCGAUGAAUCAUCUAAUGCUGGGCAAGGCGUGUCAGGCGCUGAAAAAGACCGAUAAAGCGAAAGAGUAUCUUACGCAAGCCGCUAAUGUGACGGUGCUCAAUGAGGACGACAAACAGGCGAAGGAGGAAGCGACGAAGUUGCUGAAGAAGCUAUAGGUGAUAAGGUAAACGAAGGAAGCAUGACAUUUUGUAUCGAAUUUUCUUUAUUAUUUACACAUUCAUGAACAGUUUAAAAUAUACGUAUUUGGUAUAAAAGUG